GUUAACACGUUGCAAAACUUAUUCGUGCCGAAUUUCUUAAGUUCUCGGAAAACAAAACUAAUAAUAAUUGAAUGAAUUAUUAAAUGUGUUGUUUGAUUAAGAAACAAUUUUGGUUUUUAUCAAGGACGGAACUAUCGUAUUAUUUAUUUAGUGUAAACAAGAUUGUCGCUUCGAGAACCAGUUAAUAUAAUGGUGUGUUGGUUGGUGUUAGGGUUUCUUGUGUUUUAUGCCAAGGGAUUACAUGCUAAACUGGGAGAACAGUGCCUAACUCCCAACAAAGGAACAGGAGUGUGCCAAGCACUAAAAUCUUGCAGCAUUUUGUAUGAUGCUAUUGCGUCCGAAAAUGGUCCAGACCCAGUACAGAUUCAGUUCAUAAGGGAAUCAUUCUGCGAUUACGAUGGUUCUUCAUAUGCGGUUUGUUGCGGGGAUACCGCCAACUUCACUUCAAGUCUGUUGCCUGAUCGAUCGACCUGUGGGAUACAAUCGGCAAACAGAAUAAUUGGUGGCGAGACCACCGACAUGGAUGAGUUUCCCUGGAUGGUUCGCUUGAAGUACUUCAGAAGCGACAAUAGCACCGUGUUUGCUUGUGGCGGAUCUCUAAUUUCAAACCGAUAUGUUCUCACAGCUGCCCACUGUGUCUCGAAGCCCAUUCUGGCAGUCAGGGAAAUUACACUGGGUGGCGUAAGAUUGGGCGAAUGGUUCACUGGGACUAAUCCAGAUUGUUCGGCAAUAAUUUCAACAGAGUGUAACGAUCCAUACGUGGAUGUAAAUGUGGAAGAGGCAAUUGCCCAUCCCAAAUUUGAUAACAGCAAUUUGAAUGAUAUCGCUUUGAUUCGAAUGGCUGAAGAGGUUAAAUUUACAGAUUAUAUAAAACCAAUAUGUAUACCCCUAUUGUCUGAAAUACCAAACGUGGGCACCUUACUGACAGUAUCCGGAUGGGGUCAAACGGAAACGGAGUUAGACAGCAAAUAUAAACUUAAAGUUUCCGUACCGUUGGUGCCGAGAUCCAGAUGCAGUCAAAUAUUCCAUUUUAAUCUACAAUUUACUCAAAUCUGUGCGGGUGGUUUGAAAGAGAAGGAUUCGUGCAGAGGUGACAGUGGCGGACCGCUGAUGGGCACCGUCAAAACUGAUUCAUCACAGUGGUUGGUGCUAGGAAUCGUGUCGUUUGGAUCAUUUCCCUGUGGCUUGGAAAAUAGACCGGGAGUAUAUACGAGUGUGGCCAGUUACUACAACUGGAUUAGUUCGACCUUGAGACUGUAAUUUUAUUAUAAAUAAAUAAAUUGUUUUAUCAAGAAAAAAAUAAUUUCAAUGUAUUUCUUAAAUAAUUAAGUAUAUAUUUCUAUUUAAAUAUAGAGGGUUUUUAACGAA